GGUCAGCUUCAGCAGCGUCCUCAGGAAAAUAUUCGCUACUUUCUCUCUGGAAACUGAAGAAACUCGCGCUGAGGACGGAUGAAUGGUGUUCAGUAGAGUUUCACCUUACACACCGCGUGGAAAGAGCCGAGCGGGUCACCCGCAGCAGUAUAUAAAGGCGCUCGUUAACCUAACGCUACCACUUUUUUGUGUUAUUAUACAAGCUAACACGUGAGCUAAAGACAUUUAGCCCACUCUUUCUCAUCUUUCUCACAGGAAACAGUGUUCAGCCAAUCUGUUCGCCUCUCUCGCCGUUUACUGUUACAAAUACAACAACCAAAACUCUGACAAACUUAAAGCAAACUUGCUUGUUUUUCAUUACAACCCGUUUAUAAGUGACUUCGAAACUUGUGGAGUUCUAACAUGUAGUAAACUAAGGGGUUGUCUCCUUGUUUGGCUACAAUGGAGGCGUGUGUGAGGCUUUUGUGUCGUGAGAGUCCGCUGACAGUAUCUACGAGAUGCUGGACCCGGAGAACUUUCACGCUGAAGAGGUCAAGAUCACCUUUCACACGCCCUCUGUCUGUUCGCCAUUCACCGCUAGUGUGGGGAGGAAAACACCGCGGUGUCGGUCCGGGGGAGGCACUCAAACACAGCUCUCUCUUCUGUCGUGGCAGAGUUACAGAUGCUUCCCAUGCAGCGGCGCUGUCCAGUGUGGCCCCUGAAUUCGUUGUGAUGAAAUUUGAGCCAGAUGGGAAUGUCACUUCAUUUGAGAAAAAGAAAACAGAGUUCUAUCAGGAACUUGGCUUGCAGGCAAGAGACUUGAGAUUCCAGCACCUCACCAGCAUCACAUCACGAAAUAAUACGAUCAUUAUUCGCAUGGAGUCCCUAAAAGCUGUAGUUACUCCGGACUGUUUGCUGGUGCUAGAUUUUCGUGGACUGGGUCUGGAGAAGUGGCUGGUUUUGGAGCUGGGGCCACAGUUAGCUGGGGAUGGAGCCUUGGCCACUUACUCACUACCUUUUGAGUUCAGAGCCUUGGAGGCCAUUCUGCAGCACAGGAUAAACACACUCCGGGCAAGGCUAAAUGAAGUUCAGCCUCAGAUCCUGGACUGUCUGGAGUCAUUAGUGGACCCAAAGCUUCUGUCAGCAGACCGCAGUAAACUACACAUGCUUCUACUCAACAGUAAGAGCCUUUCUGAACUGGAGACUGACAUAAAAGUAUUUAAGGACAGCCUGUUGAAAAUCUUGGAUGAGGAUGAGUUGAUUGAGGAGCUGUGUCUUACCAAGUGGACCGACCCCCGUGUGUUUGAGCAGAGCAGUUUAGGCAUAGAUCAUGCUCACGAGAUGGAGUUGCUCCUGGAGAAUUAUUUUAUGCAGGCUGAGGAACUUGGAAAUAAAACACGGGAGCUGAAGGGGCUCAUUGACGACUCGGAGAGUGUCAUCUUCAUCAAUCUGGACAGUCAUCGAAAUGUGAUGAUGCGCCUGAACCUCCAGCUCACAAUGGGAACCUUCUCCCUGUCCUUAUUUGGCCUGAUGGGUGUGGCCUUUGGCAUGAAUUUGGAGUCUUCCUUUGAAGAAGAUCCACGUGUAUUUUGGUUGGUGACUGGAUUUAUGUUCCUAGGCAGUGGCCUUAUCUGGAGACGUUUGCUGUCCUUCUUGGGGCGACAUUUAGAGCCCACAUCUCCACCUCCAAUCCCACCUGUUUGGAGGAAAAACCAGAUCGGCACCUUAAAAGGGACAGAGAUAAAACCUGGAGUAAGAUGAUAGUGUGACCACAGCAUCGCUCUCUCUCUCUCUCUCUCUCUCUCUCUCUCUCUCUCUCUCUCUCUCUCUCUCUCGCUCUCUCUCUCGCUCUCUCUCUCUCGUUCUCUCUCUCGUUCUCUCUCUCGCUCUCUCUCUCGCUCUCUCUCUCGUUCUCUCUCUCGUUCUCUCUCUCGCUCUCUCACUCUUUCUCGCUCUCUCUUUCACUCUCUCUCGCUCCUUUUUCUGGGAACUUUCUGUUAACAGUACAUUUUGCUUCAGUAAAUGUGUUGUUUGAGGGUGAUUUUAUGCUAAUAUGGGAAAAGCAAAAAUAAUGGGAACACCAAAUGAAAUGUUUUAAGCACUAACGUUUCAUUUAAAAGGCAACAGGCUAAGCUUUAAAUGUUGAGGUUGAGAGAAAUGGUUCCUUCAUAGACACAACUUUAGUUUUGUAGUAAUAUUUAUGAUGCUACUCGAAACCUUAAAAUCAACACUGCUCCUUACUGCAUCAUAUUGUACUUGACAUUUCUGGUAUACCACUAAAUUAUUCAAACAAUAUAUGGCACAUUAUACACAUUUAGAAGACAACGUGAAUCACCUCUUCAUUUGUUUGUGUGUCUGUUUUGUUUACUGUAUGGGUGACUAAGCAGGUAUCGAUUUUUAAUGUUACAUUUGUCACACUGAGUUUGCUUGACAGAUCUCCUAGUGUGUUCUGUGCUACUCACUCUGUCAUGAUCAUGACUGUGAUAUUAGAGACACACAGUGCUUACCUCUUAUUCACAUUGAGACAUGUUGCAUCAUCUGUUGUCAUGCUCAGCUGCUUCUGUGUAUAUAUACUAUAGAAUGGAAGACCCAUGCUAAUGGCUACAUAGUUUUAAAAAUAAAAUAUUUGAAUUUACA